ACCUAGGCUUCCGCUUCCGCUCUCGUUUGUCCUGUCCGCUGUGUAGCGGUCGCAUGUUAGGGAUGGCUGGCGGAGACAGUCGUUACUUGUUGGACACUUACCGUUCUCCCCUUGCCUCCCGCUAUGCUAGCCCGGAAAUGUGCUUCCUGUUUAGCGACAGGAACAAGUUCCGGACGUGGCGGCAGCUCUGGCUGUGGCUGGCGGAGGCUGAGCAGACAUUGGGUUUGCCUAUCACAGACGAACAAAUCCAAGAGAUGAAAUCCAACCUGGACAACAUCGACUUCAAGAUGGCCGCAGAAGAAGAGAAGAAAUUACGGCAUGACGUGAUGGCUCACGUGCACACGUUUGGCCACUGCUGUCCAAAGGCUGCAGGCAUCAUCCACCUGGGUGCCACCUCCUGCUAUGUUGGAGACAAUACAGACUUGAUUAUUCUUAGAAACGCAUUUGACCUGCUUUUGCCAAAGCUUGCUAGAGUGAUCUCUCGGCUUGCUGACUUUGCUAAGGAACACGCCAACCUGCCUACCUUAGGUUUCACACAUUUCCAGCCUGCUCAGCUGACCACAGUUGGGAAACGUUCCUGCCUUUGGAUUCAAGAUCUUUGUAUAGAUCUCCAAAACUUGACACGCGUCCGUGACGACCUGCGCUUCCGGGGAGUGAAGGGCACCACAGGCACUCAGGCCAGCUUCCUGCAGCUGUUCGAGGGCGAUCACGAUAAGGUGGAGAAGCUGGACAGGAUGGUGACAGAAAAGGCAGGAUUUAAGAGGGCCUUCAUCAUCACAGGACAGACGUACACACGGAAGGUGGACAUCGAGGUGCUGUCUGUACUGGCGAGCUUGGGGGCGUCAGUGCAUAAGAUCUGCACUGACAUCCGCCUGCUGGCAAACCUCAAGGAGGUGGAGGAGCCCUUUGAGAAACAGCAGAUUGGCUCCAGUGCGAUGCCGUACAAGCGGAACCCCAUGCGCUCAGAACGGUGCUGCAGCCUCGCCCGUCACCUCAUGGGCCUUGUCAUGGACCCGCUGCAGACAGCAUCCGUGCAGUGGUUUGAACGCACGCUGGAUGACAGUGCCAACCGGCGUAUCUGCUUGGCCGAGGCAUUUCUCACUGCAGAUACCAUACUGAAUACGCUGCAGAACAUUUCUGAAGGACUGGUGGUGUACCCCAAAGUCAUUGAACGGCGCAUUCGGCAGGAGCUGCCUUUCAUGGCCACAGAGAAUAUCAUCAUGGCCAUGGUCAAAGCUGGGGGUAGCCGCCAGGAUUGCCAUGAGAAAAUCAGAGUGCUUUCCCAGCAGGCAGCUGCUGUGGUUAAGCAGGAAGGGGGCGACAAUGACCUCAUAGAGCGGAUCCAGGCCGAUGCCUACUUCAGUCCCAUUCACUCCCAGCUGGAGCACUUGCUGGAUCCUUCUUCCUUCACGGGCCGGGCGUCCCAGCAGGUGAGCAGCCCUGGGUGCUUCUAAAAAGUCUCCCUAGGGCCUUUUUCUGUCCUGCUGGGUUGCAGAACUGGGGUACUAUCCCUGAUGUCUCUUACAGGAGGUAUGAAACGGGGCUGGUUAGAUAUCAGGGUAGGUUGCUGGCCUAUAAUGUAAAGGUUUGGCAGUUUUGAGUUGCCUUAAGUAUUUCCACCCUGACUUUCUCAAAACUUUAUCUCACAGUGGGGUUGCAUGGUAGUUGCUCAUAAGGCUUGUAUUUUCUCUUAGCCUUUUGAAAAAAAAUGGAAGAAUUUAAAAAAUUUUAACUGAGUACAUAAUGUUUUCAGUAUGUGUUCUAGGAGGCUGAGACAGGAGGAUCACAAGUUCCAGUCCAGCCUGGUCAACACAGCAGCUUAGCAAGACCCUGUUUCAAAACUUUAAAAAGGGCUGGGGAUGUAGCUCAGUGCAGAGGCCCUGGAUUCAAUCCCUAGUACCUUCACAAAGUGCCGGGGGCGGGGGUAUCACUCACCAAGCAGUAAGUGAAGAGGGCUUGAGUUGAGGUAGUGGUUGCAGACACAGACCAGGGGAGAGAGGGAGAGAACGUUGACCACUUGGUGGCUGGGUGGUGGGCUGGGGACGGGAAGAUGAUUUCUUGGUGACUGGGUGGAGAUGGAGGAACCGACACAGGGCAUGGGCUGCUGGGCCUCUGUGCAUCUGGGGGGUGAGGGGGGCCAGGCAGAGGUUUCCGACUGACAGUUGAAGAGCGUAGAUGCCAGUGGCGGAGUAAAACUGUCAAGUAGGUCUUGGUGACAUUGAAAAGCCAUCACCACCGGGCGUGGUGGCGCACGCCUGUAAUCCCAGCACUCGGGAGGCUGAGGCAGGAGA